AUGACUUGGAUGUUGGAUGGAGGAUCCGACUGGGGUGUUCUCCCGAUCCCUUUGCCUAAUGCGUGUUUGUACAAUCCUCAGGAGGGUAAAUUUGGGGUCCCGAUCGCUUUGUUUGAGGCAGAUUUACGCUUUCCUACCACCGAUUUCUUCAACUCGAUCAUCCGGGAGUACGAAUUUUCAGUUAGAGAGUUGACCCCUAUCGUUGUCAACAAGAUAGUGGGCUUUGAACUCCUUUGCCGCGCCCUAGGCCAUUUGUCGACGAUUCCUGCUUUUAAGCAAUUUUUUAACACCUCUACCCAGUCAGGGACUCGAACUCUUUCAAACAAAAUUUUGUUUGGUGUUGACAAGGAACUGGCUGAUACCCUACAAAAUUCUUGGCCCUCAGGAGGGCUCGUGGGAAGAUGCAUGAAUUCUUCGUUGAGAAAAUAG